AAACCUGCAAGGGGACACUGACACAAGAGGUACUGUGUUUCUGUGCGUUUUUGUUCAUUGUGUGACUGCAGUUUAUCUAGUAUUCUCUUGAUACCAGAGGCACGAAGACCGCUUUUUUGAAAACGGAUCGCAGACUAAAAUAGAUCAAAACAACUUUGAAGUGGACAGCUUUGAUGUGGCACAGUGCUGAGUCCAGUAGAAGAUGACGGAAGAGGUGAUUGUCAUCGCCAAGUUUGACUACGCAGCGCAGCAGGACCAGGAGCUGGACAUCCGGAAGAAUGAGCGCCUGUGGCUGCUGGACGACUCCAAGUCGUGGUGGCGCGUCCGCAACGCCACCAACAAGACGGGCUUCGUGCCCUCCAACUACGUGGAGAGGAAGAACAGCGCCAGGAAGGCCUCCAUCGUGAAGAACCUGAAGGACACGUUGGGGAUCGGGAAGGUGAAGCGGAAGACCAGCAUGAGGGACGCGCCGCCCAACGCCGACGACGCCCCCGCCGACAACGGCGAGCGCCUCUACGACCUCAACCUGCCGGCGCUGGUCAAGUUCAGCUACACGGCCGAGCGGGAGGACGAGCUCUCGCUGGUGAAGGGCGCGCGCGUGGUCGUCAUGGAGAAGUGCAGCGACGGCUGGUGGCGGGGCGUCUGCGACGGCCGCUCGGGCUGGUUCCCCUCCAACUACGUGACGGAGGACGCCGACGGGCCGGCCGGCGAGCCAGCAGGCUCGCUGACGGAGAAGCUGGCGGCGGCGGUGCACAGCGCCAACGGCGGCCGGGCGCUGCACACGGUGCAGGCGCUCUACCCGUUCAGCUCGGGCAACGACGAGGAGCUCAGCUUCGACAAGGGCGAGGUGAUGGACGUGCUGGAGAAGCCCGAGAACGACCCCGAGUGGUGGAAGUGCCGCAAGGCGGACGGCCAGGUGGGGCUGGUGCCCAAGAACUACGUGACGGUGCUGCCGAGCGCCCACUGCGCCCUGGGCAACGCGGGUCCGCCCACGCCCGACUGCGACUACAUCGAGCCCUCCGGCAGCGGGAGGUUCGCCGGGAGGCAGUGGUACUACGGCAAGGUGACCCGGCACCAGGCGGAGGUGGCCCUCAACCAGAGGGGCGACGAGGGCGACUUCCUCAUCAGGGACAGCGAGUCCUCGCCCAAUGACUUCUCCAUCUCCCUGAAGGCACAAGGCAAGAACAAGCAUUUCAAGGUCCAACUAAAGGAUGGCUUGUACUGCAUCGGACAGCGCAAAUUCGGCUCCAUGGAGGAGCUGGUGGACCAUUACAAAAAGGCUCCCAUUUUCACCAGCGAACAGGGGGACAAACUCUACCUGAUCAAGGCGCUGUCCUGAUCCACUGAGAACGGACCUUUUUGAAGGACUCUCGAUCGCCCGUGACCAAAUGGGAGGAAAUUAUAAUAAUCAUUUCAAUUGGAGGAGACGCAAGAGAAAUAUUACUGUGGACUCCUGUGUAUCAGAAAUGACUUGAUGGAUAAUGUUCAAAUGUAUCGAUUUCACGAGUCGUGUUUAGGCCAUAGAUAAUGUAUGUAUAUUGACCACAGCAACAUUUAUCGGCUAUACUUUAGUUUUGUUAAUAUAUAUUCAAUUUAAAGCUUGCCUUUUGUUUUCUACUUGACCAACGCAGGACUCCAGAGAAAUGUAAACAAUUGGAUGUCGUGUGAAGUAACUGAGAGUGGGUUGCACAUUCCACAGGGAACGGCCGUGGGCUAGUUUCCCUCUACGGUAUGCUGACACAUUUCAUUGAUGCAGCGCUGCAUACAGGAUGGUCAAAACUACAAAUGCGCUUUAUGACCAAUCUGCACUGGUCAUGGGGGUAGAAAUUCCAAUUAUGGGAUGGCAUUUUGGGUCCUGCGUGAGGCCAUGAGGUGAAUGUUCUGAAAAUGGGGUAGGUAUUAGCAAGGUUUCGUUCUUACAGAGGGGGAUACAUUGUGCUGCAGCAAAAAUUCCAGCCGCGUCGCAUACAAAUAAGCUUGUCGUGCACGAGCUCGCCGGCGUGAACAUCUUGAUCGCCAUUUCCGUUGCGGCCGUGCUGCUCUCCACACCUGCUCGAGUCGAUCUGGUGUUUUUCACCUGGCAGGUCCCGAAGUGGUGGACCUGCCUCAUUUCGGAGGAACAAAGGUGGCGCUUGACGGGGUCGCAGGUCACGCGAUUGUAGGAAGAGCUUUCCGUUGGUAAAUUCUAUGUCUCCCACUACCCACACGCAUACAUUACAGCGGCUUACUGCUGAAGCUGCGUGUGACUCGGAGAUGUGCGUGCGCCAACACUUACAUUUGUCUGUAUGUGGGAUGUUGACUGCAGGGUCUGAGCACUCUGGUAUUUGUAUGAGAAAAUCUUGCAUGAGAAUCUCCCUGGAGGCCCCAGUGGUUUCCAGCCUUUCCUCUAAGGAGCGCAGUGGAGAUAAUGUCUUUAGUGACAAGGUGCCUAGGGUGGUUAGAAAAUAAAACCCAGGGAUGAAGUGCUCGGUUUGACUUGCAGAGCAUUUAUGUAUAAUUCAACCUUGCGUGGCCGUAGUAUUCAGCCCAGAGAACUUAGCAGCUUCCUUGGGGUCCAUUUUCAAACACUUAACCAACUUUCACCAGAAAUGUGCAUGUCAGCAAAAUUCAGUGCUUACAUUAGAUGAUAACUGUAAGGAAAACUGCUGAUGUUUUGUCAGAACAUCCCUGCUGCCCCUCCCUAGGUUGACGGCUCUGUCUGAAUGUCACAAAAGACAAGAGCUGCACGAGGGCACCCUCUCCAGGGAGCCCAGAGCCCCUGCCAGCGUUCCACUGGAGCAAACGGGGGCGGACCACACAUUUCGAGGCGUCUGCUGGCAUUAGGCUGCGGGCAGACGGGACGGCAGGCGGUGCCGAGAGCAGUCCUCAAUCGCUCCAUGCCAGAUGGAAUCCUCUAACCACUGCCAUGAAGUGACAGGCACACCAUUUAGCGCACGAUAACCUUAUUGCGAUCACCGAGAGCACCGGAAUCUGAUUCUGUCUCUGUGCAUGUGUGUGCCUGUGCUCUGUACUGUGGAGUAAUUUCCAUUCGCGUCGGUCAGCCAUCAGCUCGCAUUUCGAACGACGGCUUAAGUUUGAUUCGUCUUAAGUGCGGUUUGGUGGUGAUUUUUUUUUUUAAUAUGUCGAGCGAACUCGAUUCCUCGUUUGGCUGUGAUGUUUUUUGAAUGGUGCUGUGCUUGUGUGUCUUUGUGACGGGAGACCGCGGGAGUUUUAGUUUACGUCACGUGGGACCUAACGUCGAGCUCAGUGUUUGGGAGGGGGAGAAACGGUCCUAUGUGUUUCUUUGUGCCACGUUUUCUUCAGUUCUGGGUUUCACGGUUUUUCUACCUCUAGCGAAAAACUGUUGACAACCGCUUGGAGAAAGUUCAUAUAACGUUAGUGCCAUAUGUAGCUGCUCUGAGAUAAUAAAAGAGGGUAAAAGUCACCAUUUUUCAAAUUGCUGAGGACAACAAACAGUGGAAUUGCUUUUGAAUUGUAGGUGGGGAUGAUACUGUGCGGAAAAUGAAACGGGCAGUAUUAUAUCGAUAUCUCACGUCCAGUGGUGUUGAAUGUAAAUGGCGGGCAAAAUGUAUCCGAUGGUUCUUCCCCAGGGAGCUCAUCAAAACGUCUUAAUGGGUUUUUCAGCUGCAGGAGUUGGAAUAGUGUAAGGAAGUGGAAUGAACAUUUUUUUGGGAGACUGAGUGGAAAAAGUUAAAAAGAAAAAAAAAAAAGAGGAGCAAUCCGGUAAGUGACCGUGAGCGGGGCAACUACGCCUGGAAUAUCAAUGAAGCGAAUUGAUAAAAAUCCCAAGGGAGAAAUAAAGAUGGCAGGGUCUCACCGCUUGGGGAAUGCGGCGGCUAGGUAUUGCGUUUAAAGAGUGAUUGUGUCAUUCUGUCACCCACGUGCCUUAGCUCCUGUGCUGAAGCUCGCGGGCCGACGUCAUCGCGCGUCUCAGUUCUUUUCUCUCUGAUUUCCGCUUCGCGUUUUGCGUCAUUUGGAUUUAUUAGAAAAGACUGCGUGUCCCUCUUACUGCAUUCUGACACUUCAUUCAGAGAAACCACCCUUGUUUUAAAGGCAGGUUGUUAUAUAUUAACCUAGUGUUAGGCGAGAGAGAAUAAUACUUGGUAUUUUACCGUAGAUGUGUAUGAGAUCAAGUGACCUUAACUUAUUGUAGUUCAAUUUCAUUAAUCUACAUAUGCUUGGUUAAUGAUAUAAUGUGAUUAUAAAUAGGUCUCACUCAGUUUUCUGUAGUGCCAUUCUCAGUAUGAUUUUACAAAGACCCACAGCAGUGCCGAAUUGCCCACAUCAAUAACCUAUCAUCUCUGCUCAGCCUAACCACACCCCUUGGCUUGCCCAUAGCUUGUGAAACCAGGUCACACAAAUGUUACUUUUUAAACCUUCUUAUAAAACAUUUCAGUUUGGUGGUCACUGACAUUCUUACAAUAUUUUUUUAAGAAACGGAAAGCUGUGACCAAUACUUGCUUAAAUGUGUAAUCCCUGUGUAAGUGGACAAGAGUGAAGAUGGAGUGGAGCCCUAUGUUGUGCCCAGCAGAGUGUAUGUAGCCUGUGAAGUUAGGCUUUUCUGUGAGUUUGCUGCUCCACACAACACUGCCAUUGCCCUGUUUCAAAAUAAAACUAAAGGAAUGAGCAAAUUAAAAGGCACUCCCCAGGGCCAGACUUUUCAGUGUGAACUAGCCAUCGAAUUUCGUAGAUCAGCUGGACCCGUCAGAAAUUGUCACUUGAAUGCAGAGCACUCAGUAUAAGCCGUGAAAAGGUGUAGACCAUACUGUGAAAAAAAUUAAUGUAUUGUCCUCUUUUUGCUGUUGUCU